UCCAUUGGACCCACUCAUCCCUUCUCACAACCCACCAUACUUGUGAUCAGAUACACUUAUCCCUUCCCACAACCCACCACUCUUGUGAUCAGAUGCGAAGCCCACACCCACAGCCUCAUCCGCGUAGAGCAACAGCUCAAAGACAAGGUCGUGCACGUGACCACCUUAGAGGGCAGGUUAGAAGUCGCUACACGCACAGCCCACGACUAUGAGAUGCAGCUCAGCAGUGCGAUGGCCGACAGGGCACUCAUCCAGGCGCAGGUGGAGGCACAGGAGAAGCUGGCGGCGCAGCAGAAGAAGCAAAUCGCCGAUCUCACGCAGCAGAAAGAAGACAUCCUGGGCACAGCUGAACAGCACCAGAAAUAUCUGGAGAGAACACAGGCCGACCUGAUGCAGACAGAAGACGACAAGCAACGGCAGAUCAUUGAACUGGCACAACAAGCGGAGCGUAUUACCCAGUUAUCCGCUGCGAUGGAGAAGCUAAAAAUAGCCGCCAGCUCCGGAAGCUCCAUGAAUGAAGAAUUCCUUCAGGUCAACAAAGACCUCGAACAAGCCCACAGCGACCUACACACAAUCAAGAAGCGCGAAGCCGAGUACGUGUACACCAUAGGCAGGCUCAGCGAGAAACAGGACAAAUUCAAGGCAGACAAGCACGCAGCCGACGAGAGCCUGCGGCAGUUGGUGGAGAGGCACCAGAAGGAGAUGGCCGAGGCCAGACGAGAGAUGGACGCCCAGGUGUCCGAUCUCACACAGACACUCAGGGGCAUCAAUGAUACCAAAGAGAAAGAGAAGGCAGAGGUCAUACGUUUGAAAGACAAAGAGCUGAAUGAAAUCACAAGACUACGAACCGACGCCAUAAACAAUCAGCAAAAGGAAAUAGACGCUUUGGCAGCGGAACAUACAGCCGCUGUGAAGGCCAAGGAGAAACUGGCAAAAGACCUAUCACGAAGCAGAGAUCGCAGCAUGGCCCUGGAGAAGGAGGUCUUUGCCCAUGUGUCUACAAACACAGAUCUCAACAAUAGACUCAUGCAAGUCACAGAGCGAAUGGACGAUGCGAAACAACGGAUUGAAGAGUUGGAGUUGGUAGCAAGUGCUGGGGCGGGGAAAAAGAAAAACAUGUUUGGCUUGUAGCCUGCAGAAUUGUGUUUCUAAAAUAUUAAAUAAACACACGCGAUGGAGGGAUGUAUACUUGAAAUCGCGUGUAAAUUCUU